GCGGGGGGCAGCGCCCUGCCGCUGGCCGCGGCGGGCCCAGCAACACGGUCGCAUUCGUGGCCCUGCGCGCCGCCGUGUUGCUGCUGGGCCGCGCUCUGGCCGCGGCGGGCCUGGACCUUCGCAUCUCGCGCCGCGUCCUGCGCGCCCUCGUACUCCUCGAGGAGAGCAUCGUAGUCCGUUGCGAGUUUCCAGAGAUCCACGGCCUUGACCUCCCUCGACCAGGCCGCCACGCAGCGGUACAGCAGCAUCUUGCCUUCGAAAGAGAGGCAAGCCAAGGAGGCGCCCUGGCACUUUGUCUGCCACUGGUUCCCAGCGUCUCUGAUGCCCUCGGAAUAGCGUUGCCUCAGCUCGAGCAGUUCCUCGGAGUUGUGCGCCUGCAAAUACUCGAUCGUCGCGGACGACUGCAGCUGCGCGGCCGCGCGCUGCCACGCGAGCAGCGGCCUCGCCAGCUCCAGCCUCUGCCGCGCCCGCACCAGCAGCGCCGCGGCGCGGCUCACGGCCAGCUCCCUCUCGCCCGCCAUCCUCUUGCCUGCGCCGAGCGCAGCCGCUGCGCCUCCUCGUGAUCCUCCCGGUACCGGCCGGCCCUGCGGGCCUUGGCGUCGGCGCCGGCGGCGGCCUGCCACGCCAGCACGUGGAGGGAGAGCUGCAGCAGGCGCAGCCUCCGCUCCAGCUGCGCGGCCACGAAGCCGCCGACCCUGGACGACUGCGCGCGUUGCGCGCGCCGCCCGUCGUCCCGCAGUGACGCGUUCUUCUGGCUCAGCAGCUCCCGAGCGCGGUCCAUCUGCCUCGCCCGCUGGCUGGCGACGGCCGCGUGCCGCCAGGGGGGCAGGCAGCGCUGCACCAGCAGCAGCGAGCCGAGCUCCGAAAUCUCGCCGUAAGACCUGUCGACCCAGGCCUGCGUGCCCGAGGCCAUGGCGCUCACGGCGGCGGCGGCUUCCCCCUGCACCUUCUCGCGCCAGGCAUUCAGCUUGCCCUCGCGGAGGGCAUCGGUGGUCUCCCGGCGCCAGGACACCAGCCAGACGCCCAGGAAGUCCAACCUCCACCGGCGGUCGUAGAUGCGCAAGAUGGUGGUGGCUUUUCUGUUGAAUUUGGCCUUCAAGUUGCGAACCUCAGUGCUGAUCUCUCGGUCUAUCUCGCCAUCUGUCCUCCUGAACUCCACCCGCAGCUGCGCACAGUACGCCGCGACGAACAGAGCGGCAAGCGCCCGCUUCAGCAACGACGCGUGCUCCUUGGGUCCGAUGAGCCUCUCCAGAACGAAGAUGCCCACGAGUGCGCCGUGCUGGUGGCUCUCUCUGCGCCCCUCCUCCAGGCGGAGACGGUGCACGCUGGGCGGGAUCAGCCGCGCCUGGCGCCAAGCGUGGAUCACGACCAUGCAGAGGGUAACCGCAGAGCUCGUCUCGUGGAGCGCAUAGCUGAAGUCUGCGAUUCGCAUCCUGAUCCUCUCUGCGAUCUUCUCCAGCUUGGCCACGUCGCCGUCGUGCCUGGCCGUCAGACUCGCGUACUCCGCCCUGUAGCGCUCCUGCCCCUGCUCGUGCCGCGCCCGCGCGCGGGCCUCGCGCCAGCCCCGGAAGCACGUGGCCAGCCAGACUUGGUAGCCGAAGGUGGAGAUCCAGUUGGCCGUGCGCAGCGCCUGGGCGUCGCGGAAUCGGAGGUCCGCGCGCUCCUUCCUCGCCAGGUCCUGCUGGAACUGCGCGUCCUUCGCGUCCAGCUCCCUUCGGUGGCCGCGCAUGGUGCGCAUGUCUCGGGCGAUGCGCAGCCAGGCGUAGCACAGGCCCAGCAGCAUGAGCUCGUUGCCGCUCUGCUGCAGCUCCCGAUGCAGCCUGUCCGUCACGGAGCUGGCCUGCGCUGCCAGCUCCAUCCUCAGCUCGUCGCGCAGGCGCGACUCUUUGUGCCUCCACUCCAGGAGCUGCUGCUCGACCCGCCCGAGCCGUGAAACCACGCGCCAUUGCAAGAAGCUGCUCUGCAGCUGCAUCGUGGAACGGCGCUUGCACAUGGCGAGGCCCAAGCAGGCGAGGUAAGCCUCGGCCCGGAGCUCCUGCUUGCGCCUGAACUCGUCGAGGACCUUGGCGUCGCGCGCCUUGGACAGCAUCUCGAAGGCCUCCUCGCGGUGGAGCCGCUUCAUGUGGCUCCACGCCUGCAGGAAGCGCGACACGAACGCCCUCUGCAUGUGCCGCACGUGGCGGUCGCCGUACUCCAGCGCCAGCUCGCGCCGAGAGCCCGCGUGCACCUCGGCGAGGCGCACGAGCUCCUCCUCGUGCUGCACGCACAUGUCGCCCACGCCCCUGGCGUGCUGCAGCUCACUGUGCCGCUCGCGCUCGUCGCGAAGGUAGAGCUGCCACGUGAAGAUGCAGAGCUGCCCCAGCAGCCGCCGGUCCAGGACCUCCCUGCCGAGCGCCAGGCGCUCAGCCUGGAGGCGCCCCUGCUCGUUGAAGUGGUGGAUGAUCUGCGCCACGUCGCCCGCGAAGCCUUUCGAAUGUGUUCGGCCUCGGCACGUUUCGCCUUGACCUCGUCCGCGAAGCGCUGGAGGUUAGCGAACUGCUGCCACUUCGCCAGGCAGGUACGCAGCAGCCCCGUCACGACCAGCCUCUCGCUGCGCCUCGACGCGAGCUCUCCGGCAGCAUGCAUGCGCUCCUGCGUAUGCUGCUUCAGCUGCGCAUUCUGGUCUCGGUGCUCUCGUUCCGCCUCCUUCUGCUGGCGAAGCAUGAUCAGGAACAUAGCCUCUCGCUGCCACGCACACCAGCAGAUCCUAACGUUGGAGACCUGCCGCUUCUUCCGGAGCUGCUCGGCAGUCUGCUCGGCCGUCCUGGUCGCAAUCUCCAGCCGCUGCUUCUUCAGCUGCGCGCUGGCCUCACGGUGCUCCCUCGCCGCUUCCUCCUGCUGCCGCAGCAUGGCCUCGAACAUCACCCCUCGCUGCCACGCAGACAAGCAAGUCCUCACGUUGAAGGCCUGGCGCUUCCUGCGGAGCUGCUCGGCAGCCUGCUCGGCCGUCCUCCUGGACGCCCUCUCCAGCCCCUGCUCCUGCUGGCCUCCGCGGCGCGGGCUCCUCCUGUAGGCAACGCCCGCGUGCCGAGGGCCGCAGGCGACGCCGCGCCAGUCGGAAAAGGACCACAGCAGACACCGCUGCACGUGCAACCUCUCCGCCAGGCGACCGCACAGCCGCCUGAACGCCCCGCCGCCUGCGGCUGCCGCCGCCGCGUCGGUGCCGCCGGCGCCGCCGCAGUCGCGCCAGCCACCGAG